UCUGUUUGAAAAUGAAUGCACUACAUGCACAGUUGUAGGGUGUGAGGAAGCCGCCAUCAUUUUGCAGUCGGACGAUAAGGAAGCUGGCAUUUUAAAACCUCUUGAUUCGGAAAAUCCAAAGACAGGGCAGCAUUUUUCAUCCUGUGAAGAUGCACUUGACUGCGUGUGAACCCACGGCCAUGUCCACUGCUGUAGUGAUGGAGCAUCCAGGAGACGAGAGCCUCCUCCAGUCCUGUGGAACUGCAGACAGUCUCGCCUCUCUGGAAGACGCCACAGCAAACGAGUCAUCAGAGGAGGAAUCUGCAUGUGCAAGAGAAGUGCAGACGAACACCAAAGCCGAACAGAGCACACACACAACAUCAGGUGCAACCCCUCGGCCCGACUCCCUCUCCCUGCCCACCAAAGGCACAGAGCUCUGGACUACACACCGGGAUGGAGAGGUUAAGCUUAGGAUGGGCGAGUCUGGCCUUGAGGCUGAAACCCCUCUCACUGUAAAUCAGAUGUUCACCUCCACCGUUCAGCGUUUUGGCAACUACCCUGCACUUGGCUGGAAAGAAGGAGAGCAGUGGAAAACCAUGACCUACAGCGAGUACUACAAGUCCUGCCGCACGGCUGCCAAGAGCUUCCUCAAGCUCGGGUUGGAGCGCUACCACGGUGUUGGGAUUCUCGGCUUCAACUCAACUGAGUGGUUUAUUGCUGACAUUGCUGCUAUUUUAGCUGGCGGGUUUGCCGUGGGCAUCUACACCACCAACUCUCCUGAGGCCUGCCAGUAUGUGGCGGAGAACUGCCAGGCCAACAUCCUGGUGGUGGAAAACCACAAACAGCUGCAGAAGAUCUUACAGAUCCAGGACAAAUUACCCCAUCUCAAAGCCAUCAUCCAGUACAAAGAUGAGCUGAAAGAGAAGAAGCCCAAUCUCUACACGUGGGCGGAGUUUAUGGAGCUGGGGCAGGACGAGCCUGACACUCAGCUUGAUGACAUCAUCAGCUCCCAGAAACCCAAUCAGUGCUGCACUCUGAUCUACACAUCCGGGACUACAGGCCAGCCGAAGGGAGUCAUGCUCAGUCACGACAACCUCACAUGGACAGCGUUUGCAACAGGCCAGCACGUGAGCCUAAAUGAUGCGGAUAAGCUACAGGAAGUGGUCGUGAGCUACCUGCCGCUCAGUCAUAUUGCUGCACAGAUGAUUGACAUCUGGCUCCCCAUGAAAGUUGGAGGAGUCGCAUACUUCGCACAGCCUGAUGCACUAAAGGGCUCUCUGGCUAACACCCUACGUGAGAUUCGCCCUACCGCGUUCCUGGGUGUCCCCCGCGUGUGGGAGAAGAUGCAGGAAAAGAUGAAGUCGAUUGGAGCCAAAUCAUCCACGGUGCGCCGGAAGGUGGCGUCGUGGGCCAAAGAUGUGGGCCUUCAGACCAACCUCAACAAAAUGGAGCUUGGCAGCAAUUCCAGGAAGCCUCUGAACUAUCUGCUGGCAAAGCGUCUGGUUUUCCGCAAGGUUCGGAAGGCACUGGGACUCGACCGCUGUACGAGGUGCUACACUGGAGCCGCUCCGAUAACCAAAGAUACGCUGGAGUUCUUCCUCAGUCUGGACAUCCCUCUGUUUGAGCUGUAUGGGAUGAGCGAGAGCUCUGGUCCUCACACCAUCACACAGGCCGACGCAUUCAGACUCACCAGCUGUGGAAAGGUGAUUCCGGGCUGCAAGACGAAGCUCAGUAACCCAGAUGAUGAAAAGAAUGGAGAGAUUUGUUUCUGGGGUCGUCAUGUGUUCAUGGGCUACCUGAACAUGCCUGAUAAAACCGAAGAGGCUCUGGAUGCUGAAGGCUGGCUGCACUCGGGCGACCUCGGCAAACUCGAUGAGAACAACUUCCUGUUCAUCACCGGACGCAUUAAAGAAUUGAUCAUCACAGCUGGAGGUGAAAAUAUUCCCCCGGUGCCUAUCGAGGACGCGGUUAAAGAGGCCGUUCCCCUCAUCAGCAAUGCCAUGCUUAUAGGAGACAAGAGAAAAUUCCUCUCCAUGCUGCUUACCGUUAAGUGUCAGAUCAACGGUGACACCGGGGUUCCUGAAGAUGAACUGACUCCAGAGGCGGUGGAGUUUUGUCGUAAACUGGGCAGCAGCUGCACGCGUGUGACUGAAAUCGCCGGCGGGCGCGACAGAGUUGUUCACGCGGCUAUUCAGGAUGGCAUCAACCGCGUGAACGAGAAGGCCACAUCCAACGCCCAGCGCAUCCAGAAGUGGACCAUCCUGGAUCAGGAUUUCUCUAUUCCUGGAGGAGAGCUGGGGCCAACAAUGAAGCUCAAGAGGCCGGUGGUCAUGAAGAUGUACAAAGACCAGAUUGAGAGCUUUUACAAAGAAGUCGUGACCCCAGUCACCCCAGACAACCCUCUGCCUCCUAAAUAGAUGUUCAACAAAAGGCCUCGUCGUUCACUUCAGAGAUCGGAGACGUGGUUUAAAACACACACACAAACACAUACUUGCAUAGGAACACCACUCAGACCUUGCGUUUCGCUUGUGAGUUAAUAUUUGUUCAGGGGUUUUUGAUGUUAUUUUCACACUGUUUACAUUUUUCUGUGUGAUUGCAGGAAGGAAAAGUUUGUGAAACAAAAGCCAUUUUCUUUUUGUGAUGAUUUGCUAUUUAUUUUCUUGCCUAACAAUAAUAAUGAAGUGUCUUUUGAACCGUGUUAUUCACUUACACGUAACUGCAGGUGAUUCGAAUGUCAGUUUAAAGAUACUUAUUAAUGGACAAGAGGGGGCCAAGUCGGAGCACUCACUCUGGUCCCCCAGGCUCUGCGCUGGUUGGGGAAAUUCCAAAUUGAAUGUAAAACAAUCGAUUACAAUUGGUUUCGCAAAAUUCGGGACAAUGCAACCUGCAGAACCUGAGGGGAAAAAAGAUACUUAUUAAUUAUAAUUUAUGGUUCAAUUUAUUAAUAGCUAACAAGGCAAUUUGUGCAUCACUUGUGACUGAAUUCUCUGAAAAAAAAAGCCACCAAAAAUACUGGUUGCUUGAAGGAAAGUUGAUGUGAAGAACAUUUAGCCAGAAUCCCAUGCCAUACAAGCCAUAAAUGUCUCUUUUUUGCUUGUUUUUCAUUACCAAAUAUGCGUUUGUUUGAUCGUUUGUUUCAUUCAGUGCUGUUGGUUAAUUUUGUUGUUAAUUCUUUGUAAAGUGAGCCUGUUAUAUAGUGUAAAUAUGUAUUGCAUACAUUUCUUCUGUGGUCUUAUUUGAUGCUUGGCUGCAUCACUCUGACAAUCCUCAAGGUAGCAACAUGUUGGAUGUCACGAAGUCCAGUGUCAAACCAUCUUCCCACCUUUAUCAUCUAAACAGAGAAGCGGUGAAUAUUUAUUAUCUCAUGAAAUAAGGGAGAUGAAGGAGCAAAUGUGAUCUGUUCAGAGGCUGUUGAGUUAUUUUGCAUUAUUCUUUGCUUUGCACGUGCAAUAAGGACAUUUUGACCAAAAUGUUAAUGACUUUAUUUAUAUUGUUUACUGCAUAGUCAAACUAUUCUAAUGCAAUUUAGGAAAAACAAAAGGUUAAAUAGACGAAUGCUAUUUAAUCGGUCAAGUGCUUGAAUAUUACAACUACAUCUGCAAACCCAAAGAUUUGAGUUUCCCUCUGUAAAUAGAUUGCUUAUAACUUGCUUUCUUCAAAUUCUGGACUUGUUAUUCCAAAGUGUGUAUAUUCUGACUGCGUACGCAUGACCACAGCGAGGCCUUUUUGUAAAUAUGAAGAAGUUUAGUCAUUUGUGCAUGAAAUGAGUCGAGUCUUCGCUCAGAUUAGUUGAGAAUGAAGGCAGAGCUAGUGAGGGAUUUCCUUUCUUCCAUCUGGGAUUUCUGUUACGGUUUUGGCUAUAUUACUCUUUUCUUUGUAUUGUGGCACAGAUAGUAUGACGGUUUCAUGUGGAGUUUGGAAAAGUGCAAAUAUGAACACGAUGUGAAGUCUCAGAUUGUGAAAGGUGCCUGGUUUUACCUGACACUUCUAUUCUUGAGCCGAGGGAUGAUUUGUUUGUGUGUGUCGUGCAAUGUUUAAGGGUUUCUGAAACGCGCAUGUCAUUGUUGAAACUGGAGUACUGAACGGAGUUUGGCAGCAGGAACUCCUGGUUUCUACUUGUAUGUGUGUGUGUAUUAUCCCUUUACUGGAAAAUAAAUGUUGAUAUAACCAUC